CAUAUAUUCUUUGUAAUCAUACCCAUUUAGAAAAAAUCAUAAAGGCAACACAUCAUUCAAUUGAUUAACCUGGUUUUGGAAAGAAAUACAUUAUUGAUUUAGGUUUGAGGAAUAAAAUAAUUUUGAUAAUUGAAACAUCAAUUGUACAAUCAUGGGCCAUUUGAGUAUUCUGUUCAUUCAAAUUAUGACAAAUGAUAAUAUUAUAAAUUUAAUAAAGAAUUAUUAUUUGAUAUCUAAAUUCAAACAUUAAAAAAAAUACAUAUAUUAAUAUUAUGUAAGUAUAGAGAUAAGAACAUAGCAAGUUGGCAAUAAUAGGUAAUGUUGAUUCAGGCAAAUCAACGUUGGUUGGAGUGCUAACAAAGGGAAUUUUAGAUGAUGGAAGAGGAGGAGCAAGAGAGCGAGUUUUCAAUUACAAGCAUGAAAAAGAGAAUGGAAGGACAUCAUCAGUAGCAUAAGAAAUAAUGGGAUUCGAUGAGAAUUUAAAGCAAGUGCUUCCUGAAAGAUUCAAUUAAAAUAAAAAUAAAUAUUGGAGUCUCGUAGUUGAAAAGAGUAGGAAGAUAGUUACAUUUUUGGAUCUCUGUGGUCAUGAAAAAUAUCUAAAAACUACAAUAUUCGGUUUGGUAGCUAUGAUACCAGAUUAUUCUCUGAUUAUAGUUGGAGCCAAUAUGGGAGUAUCAAAAAUGACAAGAGAGCAUUUGGGAGUGAGUUUAUUUUUGAAAAUCCCAUUUGCAAUAGUUUUAACAAAAAUUGAUAUAGCUCCUUAAAAUGUCUACAAUGAGACUAUCGAAAAUAUAAAAGGCUUGAUUAGAAGUCCAGCAAUUAAGAGAACAGCCGUAGUAUUCGAUGAAAAAACUGGAUUGGAUGAAAUCGAUAAAUGGGCAGCACUUAUGCAUGGGAAUAAUGUUGUUCCAAUGUUUCAAGUCUCCAGUGUGACUGGAAUUGGAUUGCAAUAAUUGGCUCGUUUCAUAAGCAGAGUACCAAAUAGAGAUGAAAUAAACAAAGCCUAUUAAACAGUAAAUGAUCCAUUCCAAUUUGACAUACAAGAGAAUUUUAAUGUUCCAGGAGUUGGUGUUGUUGUAAGUGGAAUAGUAAGAAGUGGAAAAGCAGGAUUGAAUUAACAUGCUCUAUUGGGACCAGAUAAAGGAAAAACAUUCAAACCAGUAACCAUCAAAUCUAUACACAUAAAUAGAGUACCAGUUGAAUCAGCAUAGGUAGGAGAAUUCGCCUGUUUUGCUCUUAAGCCAUCUAAGGCUGGAGAUAAAUUGGACAGAGCUGAUUUCAGAAAGGGAAUGAUUUUAAUUGAUCCAGCUGUGAAACCUGAACCUGUUCUAGAAUUCGAAGCUAACAUUCAUGUACUCCACCAUCCAACUACAAUGAGUCAUGGAUAUUAAGCAGUUAUGCAUUGUGGUGUUAUUAGAUAAGCUGUAGAAAUGAAGAAAAUAUUCUAACAUGAAGUAUUAAGAACUGGAGAUGUAGACACAGUGAGAUUACGAUUUCUUUAUGCUGCCGAGUAUCUUAAAACUGAAUAGAUCCUUGUGAUUAGAGAAGGCAGAACUAAAAUAUUUGGAUAUAUAUCUAAACUUAUUACAGAUAAACAAUUAGAGGAUGAAAAGAAAGUUCAAGGAAUUCCCUAAUAAUAAUAAUAAUAAUAAUAAAUAUAAUAAGUUUGAUUAUUUUAUAA